UCAUUGGAUAUUUGACUCGGCAGUAUAAGAUGGAAGACACUGCUUAGCUUCAAUUGUCGGAACCGAUUGCUGCUGACUGGUACACCUAUCCAGAAUAAUAUGGCAGAGCUGUGGGCCCUUUUGCAUUUUAUUAUGCCAACCUUAUUUGACAGCCAUGAACAAUUUAAUGAGUGGUUUUCAAAAGGAAUCGAGAACCAUGCAGAGCACGGGGGUACUUUGAACGAGCACCAGCUUAACAGAUUGCAUUCAAUUCUUAAGCCUUUUAUGCUGCGAAGAGUUAAAACAGAUGUAAUUUCUGAGCUGACCAGGAAAACUGAGGUUACAGUGCAUUGCAAGUUGAGUUCUCGCCAGCAAGCUUUUUAUCAGGCUAUUAAGAACAAGAUAUCUCUUGCCGAGUUGUUUGAGGGCAAUCGUGGGCAUCUUAAUGAGAAGAAAAUACUAAAUUUAAUGAAUAUUGUCAUUCAGCUGAGAAAGGUGUGUAAUCAUCCAGAGUUGUUUGAAAGGAAUGAGGGAAGAACAUACCUCCACUUUGGGGAGAUCCCAAAUUCUCUUCUGCCCCCUCCCUUUGGGGAGUUGGAGGACGUGCACUAUGCAGGAGGUCACAAUCCUAUAACAUACAAGUGACAGAUUGUAUAAGUCAAGUUUUAGGACUUCAUAUUCUGGGUUGGUUGGGCCGGCUUGCUUUCCCUCCUCCUCGAUGUUUAUUAGUUCUUCCACCUCGGCCUCUCUCUUGUGGUGUUUUCCCUAAUUUUGAUUCCAUAUUUGUUCCUCGAGAUAAAGAUGUGUCUAAUUGUGAAGGCUCUGCUGACCUGCAUCAUAGUCCUUCAAUUGUUAAAUUUGAUGAGACGUCAUCACAAAUAUCUUGUCGUGACGCUCAGUCUUCGAGUGAAUUGUCAAUCCCCAAGAGUCCUUAUGUGUUU